UGGGGUCAGAGGUCAGAAAGCCAUGUGGAAAGCUGUACUAGGCAGCCCCGGCCCCAUAGAUUGAGCAGCCUCACACUCGUCUGCUCCCUUCAUAAAGCCAGCUCUCUGGGGAAGUUGAACGUACCGGGGUGGUUUUACUUCCCUAUGUCCCCUCCAGCACUGGAGUCAAGGUCAACUUCACUCUGAGCUCCCCUCAAGGUUGCUUCUCUUGUUGACAGCUCUGGAGGAUGAUGCAGUGAUUGCUGCCUACCUUCUACCUGCUACUGGUGGUGUCAGGUCAAGAGAGAUUUUGUCCUCUACAAGUUCACAGCACAUGAGGGUCUCCAUGGUGACAUGGUGCUGGUGGCGGGCAUCAAUACUGGUACUGUCAAGGUCAAGGUCCGUCUGAUUCAACUAUCAGCUAUUCCUGGCACUUCAGGAUUCAUCACCAGGGCAUGUAUGACAACAGGCACGGGAGAAGGCAUGGCAGGGGGUGGAGCCUGAUAUCAUCAAGCUACUAGUCAUUGAGAACAUGAUGCUACAACCCUCCAUGGAUAUAUGUACAAUCUGCCACGUACUGUCCUUUGUCGAGUAUCGGGUGGAGAGGCGGAAGCAUGGGAGGUCAGAGGUCAUCACCAUACCAUCACAGCAAUAUUCAUUGGAGCUGACCAAUACAACCGUGCAGAGACUCCACCCACAGAGGUCAAGGGUCACCGAACUGGUGGUGGGCUACACUGAAGCCAUCCUACAAGACAUCAACAUGUUACACACUCCAUCAGCCUCUAAACCAAGUGCUGGAAUACACGUCGUCCCUCCUCAUCACCUUGGUUUCUCCAUCGCCCCCGGCAACAACUGGAUGUUGGAGGUGGGUAGAGACUACGCCAUCACUGUGAAUGUGUUUGACAAAAUGAACCACAAGAUUAUCAUCACUGAGAAUCUCUUGUUUCGAGCCUGUUUCCAUGACGAUACGACCAGUGAUUGGUCAUAUGCCAGACUGCCCUCUAUUGACUCAGACCAACAAUCACAAUAUUCAGCUCCUAAUAUCUACACUGAGAAUGAGCAGGUGGCCAAAUAUGAGAUCAUAGCCGGAUGGUGCUCCAGUGAGGGGGGGGGUCCAUCCCCAUCCAUCCCCAUCCGUCUGUUCCUGGCAGGCUAUAACCUCACUCCCACUAUGAGGGACAUUAACAAGAAGUUCAGUGUCCGCUACUACCUCAACCUCGUGUUGGUGGAUGAGGAGGAGAGGAGAUACUUCAAAUACCAGCAGGAGAUUGUGCUGUGGAGGAAGGAAAAGCCGUGGAAAAGUGUUACCAAGUAUUAGCUCACUGGCUCUAAUUGGACUGCACUAUGUGUGUGUGUGUGACCAUACUAUCAUGCACCCCCCAGACCUCCUCACUACAACACAAGAACUCAGAUACUCCCUGAGUGUCAAUUUCUUUCUUUCUCUCCUCCUUCGCAAUCCACCAGAACUGACGUCUAAUGAAAUACUGCUCUUCAAUCACCCUCUAAACAAGGGCGCCCUCACUAUAACCCACGGCUCUGAUCAUUCCAUUGAGUUACUUGACUGUUUGCAGCACCCAGACACUGGUGAGGUUCAUGACCUCCCGACCCUCAUAACCAAGCACCAGGUGGUGGAGAUCAACGACCCAGUGCAAGUGACCCCCAAACACCUCGUCAUUCUCUGGGACCCCCAAACAGAGUUCAAAUACCAGCACCAAUUGAAUGUGAGUGUGCUAGCUAGCUUGUUGAGAGCUAAACCUGUGUAGGGUACCAGCUACAUAGGCUUGUACAUGGCUUGUAAUAAUAAUUACCGUAUAGCGAGUAAUUUACGUGAGGUAGAAAUGUUCGUAUUUUUCGUAUUGUAGAGCAUCAUACAAAAAUGAAAACUGCUCUACCGCUAUAGGUUCAACGUCACUAUCCUGAGCUGUACCAAUAUUUAGAAUACAAAGUGCACGUGACUGAAUGGUCUUGUGAGGUGGAGGGGAUUGCUCACCACUAGGACCAAGGGGAAGUCCCUAGUGGUAGCCAUGGAUACCAAAAACACGGCUCACUUUGAUAAAAUGGAGCCAUGGGGCAGACACUGCGUUGUGACGUAUUUGUAGCCUCAAUUGAGCGUAUUGAGAUCACAACUCGUACGAGGGAGCUGCUGUUGGGGGAGGAGUCGAACGUUUCAGUGUGCAGGCUUUUUACGAGGAAGGUACGUACGUUUCAAAGGGGUUAAUGUGGAAACAGUUACAGUUAAGUAGUGGGUGUGUCGAUAGUCAUCCAUCACUAGGUUUGCUGGGAAAUUUGUAAUCCAUUCUCUAGAAUUUAUUUGUGUACCUAAUUUGCUCGUUAUUCUCUGACCCUUGUACUCAGAGAUGUGCCCACAGAAUAAGGCCUAUAGUUUACUAGGAUCAUUUAUGAGAUGGAGGUUUGAAAAAUUAAAAUAUUCCGGGCACACCACUGUCAGUGUGUACUGUAUACCGUAUAGCGGGUAGGGUAUAAACUUUCGUAGAAUGACCGUUGAAAGGUUUUCGCGGAUUUAAUUUUCACUGAAUAGCAGCCUGCAUGCAUGCGAUAUUAAAUUCUAAACCUGUGUAGGGUACCAGCUACAUAGUCUUGUACAUGGCUUGUAAUAAUAAUUAUUAUACGUGUAUAAUUAUGAUGAUCCCAUUUUGUACUACAUCAGGAGUGCAUGAACUCCUGGGACUAUAAUAAUUAUUAUCGGGUUUAAAAUACAGCGACUUUUCAAUUACGAAUUGCGAAAUUCGCUCAAUAGAUUGGUCAUGCAAUUUCCCAUUUAUAGUUACAACGCAAUCAAGCUUGUACAGUGUCAUUCACAAUCCAUUAACCUCUCAUUGGAUAGUACUGUCCCUAUUCCUGUGUUGUACACUACUGUCUAUUUAAUUGUAGAUUGUGUUAUUUAUGUUUAUGUGAGCAAUUUCCUGAACCUAUUUUCCCUCCCCCCACAGUCUCGUGCAUGGACAAAGAUGAUGUGUACAGUUUUGGAGUGCUUGCUUGUGAAGUGGUGAAUGGCAGAUUUCCUGAAGCUGCUGUAUUUCUUGGUCUGCUAUGAGUAUGGAAGGUGUAUGGAGGGAGCUCCACCCACUCAUCACCUCCUGUGUCUCUCACUCCCCUCAGGACAGACCCUCCAUGGACACUGUGCUACACCACAUCAAACAAUUGGACUCUGAGCCUUAGGACAUUUAUUUAUAAACGUGUGAAAUAGUUUUCGACUACCCCAUGCAUGUUAAUCAUUAUUUUGUACUUAGUUUAUUUGUGUGAUAAUUAUUUUGUC